AUGGCGCAUGCAGUAUUGUCAUCAAGAUCCCUGAAUAAUUUGUUGGCGCUGCCACCAAGACUGCGGCGAUCGCUCUACACAGCCGCGACGGGCACAUCGACAGGUCUCGAGAUCUACGAUCUUGUCUGUGUUGGAGGCGGCCCUGCUGGGUUAUCUCUUAUUUCCGCAUUAAGGGCCCAUGCAUCAACGAGAGAUCUCAAAGUCGCCUUGAUCGAUGGCCAGGAACUAAAAGUAGCUUCAAGUCCUCCAGAUUCGUCAGCAUUUUCAAAUCGAUGUUCCUCUCUCACGCCAUCAUCAGUACAAUUCUUACAUCAGAUCGGAGCAUGGAAUCACCUCGACUCGAGUAGGACGCAGGCAUAUCAUGGCAUGGAUGUGUGGGAUGGAGUAAGCGGGAGCAAGAUUCAAUUUGAGCCGCUGGCGGCAUCUGCUGGAUUUCGUGAAUCACGGAAAGCAUAUGGAGCGCAAAAUGAUGGAACAGUGGCAACGAUGUGCGAGAACACAAACUUAAGCUCUUCACUGCUCGCCAACCUCCGUGGCAAUCAAGGUCAGGUCGAGAUCAUCGACAAGACAAAGGUCGAGUCCAUCGAGUUGGGCCCAGAACCAGCCGACGAUGGGUCACUUGACUUUUCGCAAUGGCCAAUCCUGACUCUCCCGGGAGGUCGCAGUCUAGCAGCGAGACUACUCAUCGGUGCAGAUGGAGCAAACAGCCCGGUUCGGAAUUUUGCUGGCAUCCCUAGUCACGGAUGGGACUACAAUCAGCAUGGAGUUGUCGCCACGCUACAACUCGAUCGCGAAUUCAGCGAAGCAGAUCUCAGAACGGCAUACCAAAGGUUCCUCCCGACAGGACCAGUUGCUCUUCUCCCACUGCCCGGAGCCAGGGCAAGUUUGGUGUGGUCCACUACAGCACCAUCAGCUGCAAAGCUGAAGCAACUGUCCUCGGAUGAUUUCAUCGCACUCGUCAACGCGGCCUUCCGUCUAGUGCCAACAGACAUAGACUUUGCACUGCACAAAUCUGAUGCACCUGCUGAGGAGGUGGCAUGGCGAGAACCUAACACCAAGGCGAGCGAGACUGGCCUCCCAUCCUCAUUCCCGCGCAUCCAAGCCGUGCAAGCAGGCAGCAUUGCUUCAUUCCCGCUACGCAUGCGCCAUGCAUCGACAUAUACCGGCCACCGCGUCGCGCUCAUCGGCGACGCUGCACACACAGUCCAUCCUCUCGCAGGCCAAGGUCUCAAUCUCGGCCUCGCAGACGCCGAAGCCCUAGCGAAGCGCAUCGUUAAUGGCGUGGAGCACGGCAUGGACAUCGGCACUUGCUGGUGUCUGGACGACUACAACGCGGACCGGUGGGCGGCGAAUAAUGCUAUGCUCGGAGUAGUGGAUAAGUUACAGAAAUUGUAUUCGGUCGGCUCCGGACCUGUCGUCUGGGCGAGAAGUCUUGGGCUGGACGUGGUUAACAGAUUGGGUCCGCUCAAGGGUUUCUUGAUGAACGCUGCGGCGCGAUCAUGA